UUUAGAUUAGAUGUUUUCCAUAUUAAGUACUAACAUCAAUCGUAAUUAUUCCCAGAUCCAUGUGUUAAAUACAAACCACUGAAUUUCUGUGCUCCAUACAUGCUAAAGAAUCACGUUAUUCAAAUGAGGUUUCUAUGAAAUCGGAAUUAGUUAUAUUUUUUGCACUUUCGUUUGACCGGACCCGUCAUGGUGUGCACAAGGUUUUUGUUUCUAGGGAACACUAAUUACCGCCGGACAUAGCGGAAGUAGUACAAGCAGCAUGGAAUUCAUAUGGGGAGGAAUGUUGUGUUGUGUAACAGAAGCAGUGGUAAAUUAAAUAUUUGCGGCAAGCAAAUCUGGACAGAUAAUACCUUAAUAACCCUGUGUGAGAGACUUCGUUUUGACUUGGAGCUACCUGACAGCAGUCGCGGAAAUCAUGUCAGGAGUGAAGUUACAGGGUGUUGAUAAGGCGGCUGUGACCAAGACCCGUGGACCUAAACCAGAGGAAAAGAAAAACAAACGUCGCCUCAAGGAAAAGAAGUCCAAAAGAAAGGUGGAAAAUGGACACUUAAAGAAAAAAAAGAAGGGAGGAGCUAAUGUGAAUUUCAUACUGCCUCCCAAGGAUUCUCAGCAGUUUUCAUCUAACUGGAAAGCGCUGCAAGAGCUGCUUAAUCAGAAGAAAGAGACAGAAAAUCAAGAGGCUGAAUCUACUAGAGCACAACAGAUAUCCAAGAAAAAGACAAAGAAGCCUAAGAAGCACCCUAAAGAGCUUGCAGUUAAAGAUCAAGGUAGCGGGGAAUCCCAGGAUCACCGUGGGAAGCAAAUUAUAGACUGUCCCUUGCCUUCCACCUCCAAGCUAAAUGGGGAUGCUGUCCCAACACCCCAGGAGAAAAGGAACAAAGAAAAGAGGAAAAAGGAGCUUGUACCCAAAGAGACAAAUGAAAAGGGAUGUAAAAAAAGAAAAAUUGAGAUGUCCACUGAGAUCAAACUGAGAGAGGAGGAUAUCUGGUUUGAUGAUGUUGACCCAGAUGACAUAGAGGCUGCCAUAGGAGCAGAUGCGGCGGAGAUAGUGAGGAAGAAGCUGGGAAUAAAAAAGUCUGAACCCCAGACAGUAGACAGUGUACUGGUGAAGGAUUGUGCAUUUGAAGGGUUAACUAAAACCGUAGCCAUGGACUGUGAGAUGGUUGGGGUUGGAGAGGAUGGCGAAGAGAGCAUUGUAGCUCGAGUUUCCCUCGUGAACCAGUAUGGCAAAUGCAUUUAUGACAAGUAUGUGAAGCCCACAGAGAGGGUGACUGACUACAGAACAGCUGUCAGUGGAAUCAGACCCCAGGAUAUCAAGAAUGGAGAGGAUGUAAAGGUCAUACAGAAAGAGGUGUCUGAUAUUUUACGAGGAAGAAUUUUAGUAGGCCAUGCUGUGCACAAUGAUCUCAAGAUUUUGUUUAUAGAUCACCCAAGGAAGAAAAUAAGGGACACUCAGAAAUAUAAACCUUUUAAGCAAAGGUUAAAGUGCAGUCGCCCCUCCCUCAGACAUCUCUGUGAGAAGAUUCUUAAUGUAAAAGUCCAACAAGGUGAACAUUCUUCGGUUCAAGAUGCUCAAGCUGCAAUGAGGCUUUACACUUUAGUAAAAAAGCAAUGGGAAGCAGAGAUCAAAUCCAAGUACAAAACCAAAGACGCAGUCCAGAAUGAGGACAAAGGCAAACCAAAGGCUGGAACAAAUCAGAAUAAAUUUCACCCUGAUGGCCUUUGAGCCAACAUCAAAAUUGUGCACUAUUGCUGGUGCAAAGUUCUGUGUACAAUAAAGAAGACCUAUGUCUAGUUUUUCGUUAAGGAGAAAGGGAGUCUUUUGCAAGAGCUUGUCAGAAACCACAUAAAGAAGAGAGUGUACAUCUUUUUAAGAACGUUUGUCUUCAGGCAAGCUCCUAAAAUACAUAUGAGACAAAAGUUACUGAAAGUGGGAUUUAUCUUUGUAAAUCUUGAGACCAUGACUGCUGAACUGCUCAUCCAUUUUACGUGAUUUUCUGUGUUUUGGGAGAAGCAUUGUGUAUUUCCUCCAGAAACUUUUUCAACACCAGAAACAUUUAUGAGAUAGAUAGACUUUUAUCUACCAAAAGGUUAUCCAAUGUGCACUUUCAUUUGUGCCGCACCUGUAUGUGAAAAUGUCUUUCAGACAAAAUGUUACAUUGCUUUCGACAUGUUUUUGCAAUCACAGUUUUGCUCUAACAUGUAUUUAAUUAAAUUGUAGCCAUGUAGUUUACACAUUUAAUGUGCAGUUCACACCACUUCAUAGUCUUUAAUUGGCAUUUGUGUAUAUUGAGUUAUUGACAUGAUUGUUCAUUUCCUGUAUUCCUGUUCUGUUAGAGCUAAAGGGGUGACAAUUAUUUUUUAUUUACAUGUAAAAUGGGUACAGUUUUUCACAGUUAUUUAAAAGAUAUACAGCUAAUUGGUCCUGUUUGUAGUUCAGUAGAAUUUAAAAUUUUCUGAUUAUACUGAACAUUUUUUCUGAAAAUGAAGACAUUUUUGAUAGUUUUCAAGCAAUUCAUUAGAAUGAGUUCAAUAAGACAUUUCACAUUGUAGGCUAUAUACUCAAUGACUUCAGCUUUGUCUGCCUAAAUAACUUAAGUGAUCUGAUUUAUUGGCUGAGAUGUCAAAAGCUUUUGUAGUUUCCCAUCUCUGCCUUAAUGACAAGCAGAAGAAAACUCUUGCAGAGAUGACUGUGGAAAUAAAUUUAGAUUUUAUUUCUGCCAGAUGCAGAUCCACCUCAGUUGUGCAUUUUUGAAAGGGCAGAUUGUGCAAGUAACAGUAUCUCCUGUAAGGAAAAUUGAAUUCAGUUAAUGUUAAAUCAUGAAGUUUAACACAGGAUUAGUGCUCUUUUCUACAAACAUUUUUUAGGUUUUAUUUAGAUCCUCAUUGAAUGUUUUCAUUUAAAAAAAUGAAACUGCCAAAAUGCCUAGAGCUCAAUGAUUUGUGAUUGACAAAAAUGUUUUUAAAUUAUCUUUAUCAAAGACGGGUAUUAAAAUUACUUAUCAAAGAGGCUUUCUACAUGCAGUAAAAAUGUAAUGCUUAUUGAGUGAUGUUUAGUGAUUUAUUUGAUAACUAAUACAUUUCUGACUUGUCAUCUGUGUUUUCUGUAUGUGGAGACGGUUAAUUUGUGUUGGUUGACUUCAGCAAUAUUGCCAUUCAAACAGUUAUGUUCAUUACAGUUUAUGUAAUGGGAAAUUGUUUUAUACCUAGAUUUAUC